AUGCAGGAGAAACCAGAAGAAGUUUCCGCACAAAAAGUGCCAGGCGACGUGGAGUCCCAAUGCCCCAAGGGGACCGUAUCUGGCGAGGCUGAGGCUUCAAGUUCCACUCAGUCGAAAUCAGAACCAGCCUUGCCGCCGUUGUCUGGUCACGAAUUUAAGCAAUACAACCGGUUGGCUGAGCAUAUGAAUUAUUUCCACGAACACUUCCGUCAGACAUGGAAUCUGCUCUACACCGCAGCCUCUUCCGGCCGCAGGCCAGCUGGGAUGAGCCUGAAGCAGUACAUCGAUCAAGGGCUGGAGUUCAUUUCUCAUCUCACAGCGCAUCACAACAUUGAGGAGACAUACAUAUUUCCUAUCCUAGCCCGUAAAAUGUCUGACUUCCAGAGCAACGGCAAGGGGAAGCGCGCUGCCGAGCUCCUCCAGCAGCACAAGGAAAUCCACAAGGGGAUGGAUUUGAUGCAGGAAUACCUGAGCAAAUGCCGAAAUCGGGAGCUCGACUUGGAGAUGUCGGUGUUGAAGGCUAAGAUGGACACCUGGGGUGGUGUCCUGUGGAAGCACCUCGACCAGGAGGUGGAGACGCUGGGGGCAGAGAACAUGCGCAAGUACUGGACGAUCGAGGAGAUUCGGAAGAUCCCGAUGUGA